CACACACUACUUUCUCCAAACAUGACAAAUUUCACCACUCGUUGAUUCACUAAAAAUGCAUCUCUAUCUCCUUUUUCUUCUAUUCCUCUUCACCAGCCUCGUCUCUGCGAUUCCCGCCAGUUCUAGCAUCACCCCGCCACCUCCAGCCGAACCCGUCCAGCUUCUCUCGCAAUCCCCCGAUCCGUCGCGACCCUGGACCAGACUACGAGACUGGGCCAUCGAGACUAUCUGGAAUAUCCCAAGAUCUCCAUCGCAGCGACCAUUGAAAGAUACUGGUCGAAAUCGCUCACCUCCAUCUCGAGUAUUGACGCGGUACGGCAGCGACGUCGUUCUCCGGUUUCGGGUACAACAUGGCUAUGAGGCAGAGGCUCUGGCGCAGGCCAGCGAUAUUAUGUUCUUAGAUGUGUGGGCUUCAACGCCAGAAUUUGUGGAUAUUCGAAUGGCGCAAGAAGUGAUUCCCUCGUUAUUAGGCCUCCUGCCCGAUUCCCUGCGAACCGCUUACACUCCCCUCAUCGAUAAUCUCGCGGAAUUAAUAUAUGCCUCCUACCCAACGAAACAAUCGAUUGGCCUCGAAGGUCAAUCCGGAUUUGUGUCUUUCCGCCCACCAGCGCAGGUCGCAGACCUCUUCUUCCAUGACUACCAGCCAUUCUCCGUCUUGACGCAGUGGAUGCGCCUGAUGGCCUCCAUGUUCGCGUCGCACACCCGCAUAAUCAGCAUUGGUAUUUCCCAUGAAGGACGUGAAAUUCCAGCUCUCCGUAUCGGCGGAAAAAGCGACGCGUCGCCCGACUCGCCACGCAAAACGGUCCUAAUUACGGGAGGUUCCCACGCUCGAGAAUGGCUCAGCACCUCGACGGUGACCUACAUUGCGUACCAAUUAAUGGCCCAAUAUGGGAACUCGAAGGAUAUUGAUCGCCUGGUAAAUGCAUAUGACUGGGUACUGGUACCUACUAUCAAUCCGGACGGCUAUGUCUAUACAUGGGAGUCUGAUCGUCUAUGGCGAAAAAACCGUCAACCAACGAGCCUCCACUUCUGCCCGGGGAUUGACCUUGACCGCGCUUGGGAUUUCGGAUGGGACGGCGAGUCGACGAGAUCGAACCCCUGCGCCGAGACGUACGCCGGAAACGAACCAUUCGAAGGCACAGAAGCGCAGCAACUCGCGCAGUGGGCACUCAACGAAACUCAGGAGCACAACACCAAUUUUGUCGGCUUCAUCGACCUACAUUCCUACUCCCAGCAGAUCCUCUACCCAUUCUCCUACACCUGUUCGUCCAUCCCGCCUACUCUGGAAUCCCUCCAAGAACUAGCUAUGGGUAUGGCCAAGGUAAUCCGCCGGACAACGCACGAAAUCUACGAUGUCACCUCGGCGUGCGAAGGGACAGUUACCGCCGGCGCCUUUGGUCCUGGCACCGAUGAAUUGAAGCGGUUCUUCCCGCGUGGAGGAAGCACAGGUGGAAGUGCAUUGGACUGGUUUUAUCAUCAACUGCACGCGGCGCAUUCGUUUCAGAUUAAGCUACGGGAUCGUGGGAGCUAUGGGUUCCUUGUCCCGGCGGAGUAUAUUGUGCCAACGGGAAAGGAGAUAUUCAAUGCAGUAGUGAUGUACGGCCGGUUCCUUUUGGGUGACACCAUCCAAAUGGACGGCGCAGAGGACGAAGACCACGUACCGGAAUUCUCAAUGAGCACUUAUUGAUAUCUUACUCUAUAGUCACGACUUACGAAUACACAUAAUAAUGUCAUAAUUCAUUCCAUAUUCCAUG